AUGGGCGGUGGGGGAUCGCGGCCCGGUUGCUACACGGCAGGUGAAAUGUCUGGUGUCGAUGCCGUGCUGCUGCGCUACAACGAUGGAGAUGCUCUGGAUCUCGACAUCCAUUGGGCAUCUGCUUGGAACCAGAAGCUGGCGAGUCUGCUCUCCCCUCCCGUUGCGCAGCCAGUCUCGACCGAGCUUCCCUUACGAACCCAGCCCGACGACUCGACCUUUGACAUCGUCGCCACAUACCGAGACCUCCUCGCCUCCGACCCCGACCUCACAAAGCCCGUCGCAGCCAUCGAAUCCCUCAUCGCCCUCCUCAACACCGUCCCCUCGACCACCGUCUACGAAACCCUCGACACCGUCAAGUCCCAUUCCAACCUCCUCAAGGCCUCUGUCGAGAACCCGCUGCCCCUCCAGGCGGGAACCGACCUCUUCCUCCAGUACCUCGUCGCGUCGCUGAAGCAGCAGGACGGCAGCUUCGACGCCGUACGGCAGCACCUGUUGCGCAAUGGACGCCUGUUUGCGAGUAGGGCCAUCGCAGCCAGGAAUGGCAUUGCGGAAGCGGGAUGGAGGUUCGUCCGGGAAGGCAAGUGCGUGCUGACGCAUGGAGCGUCGCGAUCCGUCACCGGGCUGCUGGAGCGAGCGGCCAAGAACAGCGAGGGCAAGUUUAGGGUCGUUUACGUGCGGGACGAAGUCCGCGCCGAGGAGAGCGAUCGCGUGGUCAAGGAGCUACGGAGCAAGGGGAUUCCCGUGGCAGAGAUUCCAGAGGCUGCGGUGGCGCAUGUCAUGGGCUUGCUGCGACAGGUUCACAUGGUGUUUACUGGUGCCGAAGCUGUGACGCAGAAUGGUGGCAUUAUCUCGCGGAUCGGAACAUACCAGAUUGCUAAGCUGGCGGCACAGGCCAAGAUUCCGUUCUACGUCGCUGCCGAGACACACAAGUUUGUGCGCAAGUUUCCUCUGGAUCAGAGGGAUAUUGGCUACCAGCAGGAGGUGUUGGACUUUUCGGCUACAGCGCCGAGCAAGCAGCCCAAGGAUGCUGUUGACUAUACGCCUCCGGAACUAAUCUCCAACCUGGUAACGGAAAACGGUGUUCAUCUGCCCGGAUAUGUGUUUGAGCAGCUCCUCGAUAUAUAUGGUAGCUUAAACGGCUGA